AUGCCUGUCCUCUCCAGAAUCGUAUCUAUGGGCCUGCGUGUCUGCGAGCUCGCUUUCGCGGGGGUUGUUGCGGGCAUUGUCGGCUCCUACCUAAAUCAAUACCGCCACGGCAACGGUUGGCCCCUGGCCCGCUUCAUCUAUAUCGAGAUUGUGGCUGGAAUCUCUCUUCUCCUCGGUCUACUUUGGCUGCUGCCGUUCGCAGGCGGCUUCUUUCACUGGCCUAUGGAUAUCAUCCUCGCUUUUGCCUGGUUUGCCUCGUUUGGGCUCCUGGUCGAAUGGGCCAACGGCACUGAUUGUGAUGGAGACACCUUUGACUGGAAUCAAAUCAGCUUUCAUGGGUUCUGCGGACGCUAUCGAUCUGCCGAGGCGUUCUCUUUCUUGUCUGCGAUUUUGUGGAUCCUGAGUGCCCUGGUGGGUAUCUGGUUCAUUCAUCGCGAGAGACGCAAGGGUGUCGCGGCCGCUCCAGCCGCUGAAGGAGCGUAA